AUGUAAAAUACAGUUUAACUUAGAAAUUAAUGUAACGAAUUUGAUAUAAAAGUAAAAGGAUUCAAUCUAAAAAUUUUGGAAUUAAAGUUAUCAAAAUAAAUUGAGUAAUCACAGGUAAUUUGUUAUUAAUUUAAUGUCAUUAGGAAGAAUGUGAUGGGAACGAAAGGUAGGUUGAUUGA